CUGGGGAAGGAAAUGAAGCUCCACUUUGGUAUUCUCGCCACGUAUAUCUCCGUCUUUGCCAUUACGUAUUUUGAUACUUCCAACGGAUCCUUCCCAUUUUAUGAGCUGCCUGCCAACAGCACGGAUACUCUUUAUCUAGUGGGGAACUCUCUCGAGGGGUACGACGGGAAGAUAUCAUGCAUGAGGACAAGCUUCAUUAGUCGGGAAGGCGAAGUAGUCACUCGGAAUCUGACUUUCAACUAUACGGAAAGGUUCAACGAAACUCCGCCGGUAGAAAAAACAUUUCAUUUGCAAGUGAAAGUACCAGACACUCCGAUAAUGUUUAACCUUGAAGUGAAUGCGACAGACCGUGGCCUGUUAAACUACACUGAAGUACAAUCGACGUACCGAAUUAUCCAUUACGAUAACGUGUCUAUGGUGCUCGGGAACAUCAUGCCUACCCUAUCGGAACUAGCGAGAUGUUCACUCUGGGUGAAGGAGAACUUCACUAUGGAAGACCAAAUCCCUUUCAUGGCAAAUGUGUCUUUUCAAACAAACUGCAAAAGCCCACACCACUUUGGAUAUCUCGAUAGCUGCGGAAGGUCGUAAGAAGCUUGUGGAACACGAAUAAAUUUUUUUGA